AUGGCUGGGACCAUACAGCCUCAUGAGGAUGCUUUGGUGGUAACGUUGAGGAUUAGCGGGUACGAUGUCAGAAGAGUGAUGGUUGAUCAGGGAAGCGCUGUGGAUGUGAUGUAUCCAGAUUUGUACAGGGGGCUAGGUUUGAAACCAGAGGACUUAACAGCCUAUAAUUGUCCUCUAGUAAGCUUUGAGGGAAGGUUGGUCACUCCCAAGGGGCUAAUCAGGCUGCCCGUGCAGUCAGGUACGGAUAUGGUGGAGGUGGACUUUAUUGUUGUAGAUGUUUUUUCUCCAUACACGGCUAUUGUGGGCAGACCUUGGCUUCACACCCUUAAACCAGUUUCGUCCACUCUACAUCAGAAGGUGAAGUACCCAUCCGGAGACCAAGUGUUGUAA